AUGAAAAAAGAAGUUCACUCUACACACUCAGGCAUUGAAGGAUGUCUAAAAAGAGCUCGUGAGAGUUUAUUCUGGCCAGGAAUGACUGGUGACAUAAAGCAUUAUAUUUCAACUUGUGAAAUAUGUCAAGCUUUUCAACCCAACCAACAGAAAGAGACUUUAAUGAAUCAUGAAGUUCCCACACACCCCUGGGAAAAGGUUGGUGUUGAUCUAUUCACACUUGACGGCAAAGACUAUCUUGUGUGUGUGGACUACUACAGUAACUUCUGUGAAGUUGAUCGCCUAGAGAACACUAGUUCAGAAACUGUCAUAAGAAAACUUAAAGCCCAUUUCGCUAGAUAUGGCAUCCCAUCUACAGUGGUCUCUGACAAUGGACCUCAGCUAUCUUCGGACAGCUUCGCAAAAUUCGCCAAUGAUUGGAGUUUUAACCAUUUGACGAGCAGUCCCCACUAUCCCAGAUCAAAUGGGAAAGCUGAAUCAGCCGUGAAGACUGUAAAGACAUUGUUUCUUAAAAAUAAAGAUCAGUUCAUGGCUUUACUUAAUCAUAGAAGCACCCCGAAUAAAACUGGUACUAGCCCAUCACAGGCAUUCUUCAACAGAAGAAUCAGAACCUUGCUGCCUAUAGCUAAAAGCCUGUUGAAACCUCAAGUUCUGGAUCCUCAGAAACAUAGAAAAGCGCUGAAAGAAAACCAGAGGAGAUCAGCGAUUUACUACAACUCCCACGCUAAAGAUUUACCUCCCCUUGCUAAGGGUGAAGAGGUGAGACUAAAGUCAAGGUCGCGUGGCCACGAGUGUUGGCAAAAGGGAGUUAUAACUCGUCAGUUACAACAACGGUCGUAUGAAGUUGAAUCAGGCGGAGGAGUUUAA